GUCAAAAUAAUCAAAUAAACAGUACAUUUUAAAUCAAAAUGGGUAAAAAUAAGUUUAAUAAUCGUAAGAAAAAGCGAAACCAAAAAAGCAAACCUAAAAAAGAACGAAAAACCUAUAGUUUAUACUCAAAUAAAGAUCAACGUCGAAAUUUUGGAACUAAACGAAAAGUUGAAGAGGUUAACGAAGAUGUUAGAAAUGAAAAACGAAAGAAAGAAUAUAUCGAAAAUACUCCAGAAACAUUUUCUUCGGAUAGUGAUGAUAACGUUGAUAAUAUGCAACAACUUUUAUCAACAUUUAAACAUUACUCAAAUGAAAAAAAAAUUGAGAGUAGCGAAGAUGAAUCAGGCGAUGAUUUAAAUGAUAGUUUUGAUGAAGAAGAUUUUGUAGAGAAAAGUGAUUAUAAAGAUAAAAAUGAAUUGAUUGAAACGAAUCAAGAUGAUGAAGAAAUUGAGAUAAAUGAUGAUGUUGAAACACAAAAUGAAGACAAUGAUUUAGAGUCAUGUCAAGAUCCGUUUAGUAAACAUUUAUUGUUUGAAUUAAGCCCUAAUUUAUUAAAUUCAGUUCAAAAUCUUCCUAUUACAUCAACAACAACCAUAGAAAAUUGGUCAAAAUUGAAUCGAUUAAUCAUUCAGAUACCACAAUGUAAUGAAGAAUCAAAAAGUGAUAAAAAUGUGACAUCAAACACAAUCCUUGAACGAAAAAUAUUUGCUUUACCAGGUGAAAUCCCCAAAAAAAUUAAUUUAAAUAAAGAAACAUACGAAACUUUAUUUAUAAAAUCACAAAUUAAAGAUAAUUUAAUUAGAAGUAAUACUUCUUUAUCAAGUAAUGAUAAAUUAAAAUCAAUACCUUUAACUUCAUUGCAAGGUGAAAUUUUUUCUAUAAUAAAUAAUUAUCAAGAUUUUUAUUUUCCUGGGAGAACUUUUGAUAAUGCAGAAGAAAUCCGAUUUGUUUAUUGUUUACAUGUUGUGAAUCAUAUUUUAAAAACGCGAACGAAAGUUUUACAUCAUAACGCGAGGUUGUCUAAAAAAGAUGAUGUUCCUGAAGAAUUUAGAGAUCAAGGUCUUGUUAGGCCUAAAAUUUUAAUUAUAGUACCAUUUAAAUCAUCGGCAUAUAAAAUUAUUCAAUUAUUAAUAAAUAUUUUAAUAACUGAGGAUAAAGGAAAUGUUAUAAAUAAAAAUCGAUUUAUUGAAGACUACACAGGAAAUGAAUUACAAAUGCCUAAAAAGAAUCCAAAACCUGAAGAUUAUGAAUUAACAUUUUCUGGAAAUACAAGUGAUGAUUUUAAGAUUGGAAUUACAGUAACAAAAAAGAGUUUAAAAUUAUAUGCAGCUUUUUAUUCUUCUGACAUAAUAGUAGCGUCACCUUUAGGUUUACGUACGAUAAUUGGAGCUGAAGGUGAAUCAGAACGAGAUUUUGAUUUUUUAGCUUCAAUUGAAUUAUUAAUAUUCGACCAAAUGGAAUUGUUUCUUAUGCAAAAUUGGGACCAUGUUCUUCACAUUAUGAAUCACAUCCAUUUACAACCAAAAGAUUCACAUGGAACAGAUUUUUCGCGAGUCCGCCACUGGAGCUUAAAUGGUUGGGCAAAAUAUUAUCGCCAAACUUUAAUUUUUUCAUCGCUCAUUUUACCGGAGAUAAAUUCGAUAUUUAAUAAAAAGUGUUUUAAUUAUGCAGGAAAAGUUAAAGUGGUAAAUGAAAUUCAAUUUGGGUCUAUUGGUCAAGUCUUUGUUCAGUUACCACACGUUUUUCAAAAAAUCAAUGUUAAUAGUGUUGAACAUUCGAUUGAUGCUCGAUUUGAUUUUUUUAUUAAUAAGAUUUUACCACAACAAAGAGAUCCCUUGAUGAAACAGACAAUGAUUUAUGUUGCAAGUUAUUUUGAUUAUGUGAAAAUUAGGAAUUAUUUUAAAAAGGAAGAUAUUGGAUUUGUACAAAUUUGUGAAUAUUCAAAGGAGGCUAAAAUAGCAAGAGCAAGAGAUAUUUUCUUCCACGGUGAUGUUCAAUUUCUCUUAUACACAGAAAGACAUCAUUUUUUUAAUCGAAUUCGUAUAAAAGGAAUACGUCACAUCGUUUUUUAUCAACCACCAACUUUUCCACAUUUUUAUUAUGAAAUAUGUAAUUUUAUGCAGGAAGCUAAUAUGAAUAAAAAGAUUGGAAGCAUGUCCAACAUGACAGUAACAGUUCUUUAUACAAAAUAUGACGCCCAACAAUUAGCAACGAUAGUUAGUACAGAAAGAGCCGCGAAAAUGAUACAAUCGGAAAAAACGGUUCAUAUGUUAGUAACUGAUGGAAAUUAAGUUAAAAAUAUUAAAAUGUUAAUGUAAAUAAAGAAAAAUAAAGACGUACAUUUUAA